AGCGUUUCGCAGUUCAGUCGACAAGCGACCGCCGUGGACAAAACAACGCCAGCAAUCCGCAACGCAUCGCACGGAUAGCUAUUAUUGCCUUACUUCAGCAGAUACACACAUCCACACACAAUUUAUAUUUGAAAUUCAGAAGCGCGCUGAGAUAUAAAUAUAUAGAUAUAGAUAUAGCCGCCGAUCGACCAGUGGUUAUUUUUUGUCUUAUUUUAUUGUGACAAUCGCGAGACAAGUGUUUAAAAAUAGUUGCCCAGAGCUCAACUCCCGCGCCAAUAACUAAACAACAACAACAACAACAAAAAGCAGCAACAAUAUGGUCGAGACCGUGGUCAAUAUCGAGCGUACAACAACAACAACGACGAAUGGCCCACCCGGUGGGGCAAAUCCGACCGCCGAUGGCGGUUUCGGGAGCGCCAUCCGUCUCAACAUCGACUAUUUCCGCACCAUCCCGGGCAUUAUCAAAAUUGUCCAGUUUGUACUGGGCAUUAUCUGCAUGGCCCUGGCCUCUCCGCCCUUAACCUCGGCCACCUCGUUUUUUAUGUUUGUGAUCGUCAUCUCGUUCAUAAUCACCAUUCUGCUGAUCGCGGCCUAUUUCUUGGGUAUUCGCGAGGCCCUUAACGUGGCCGUCAAUUGGAUAUUCUCGGAGCUGCUCACCACCGCCGUGCUGACGCUGCUGUACUUCAUCGGAUUCAUUGUCCAGCUGGCCAGAUGGUCGGAUGUCUCGGGCAUGGGGGCCGGAUCCAACACGGCCGCCGGAGUCUUCGGCCUUUUCAACUUCCUGGCCUACGCGGCGGGCACGUACUUCCUCUUCCUCGCCCACAGGUCCGGGGCCACCCACUAAGUCCUGCACACUCAAGGCUGGAGCUUAGCGUAGAAUAAUUUCUAAUUGUUUACAGAAUAAGUGCAGUUGUUCGCCUACUUGUAUAGUUUCGCCUCUUAAUUUUUUUUGUAAACGUAUUCGUGUUUUUGUUGUUAAUUUAUGCGAGAGGACACAUGCAAAUCGACAUGUCUUGAUGUGUUUUUAAUGUUAUUUUAAUGCCUAACUAACAUUUAAGUUAAAACCAACCCGCACACAAACACAUCUACGAGAAAGACUAGGGUGGACCCUCCAAAGAAAUUGAAAUUAGUACAUAGCAGUCAAAGAAAUAAUUACUUUUUACAUCUCAAAUUUUGAAGAUUAAUAGAAAAUAUUUUGAGCGCGGAAAAAUGCUUUUUUAACUACUAAAUAUUUUUUUCUGAAACUAAGUAAACCUAGCAUAGUCCUACGAAAAUUAUUUCGGAAAUAUUGAUUUCAGUCUUUAAAAUUGAAAAUGUUAAAAUAGAGAUGUCCAUGAAAUAAUAAUUUUAUAAAUCUUAGUUUUUAAAGAUUAAUAGAUAAUAUCUAGAGGAUGAAAAAGUAUUGAAUUAACUAUUGAAUGUUAAAAUGAAACUAGGUAAAACAGUCCCACGAAAACUAUUUCGAAAAACGUAUUUUUUAGGUCUUUUUUUAACUUAACGACUUUUAAGACAAUUGAAGAAAUCGCAGUUUAAAUCAGUUAACAAAAGUGCUAGCAUUCUAGAAUGAUACAAAUUUGUAUCAAAUACUUGGAGGAUGUUUGCUUAAAGCGGCCCACCCUAGACAAUAAACACAUGCACAAAACAAAAAAAAAAACAAAACAGAAAAACGCGAAGAAAAAAAAACAAGAGCGCAACAAAGAUUUAAGUUCAAUAAAUUAUUUGUAUUUUCUCAA